CUCUCUCCGAGUUGUUUUACUGACAGUAGAGUGGAUAACGUUCCAAGAACCCAAAUACAAUUGUGUGUGAAUCUUCUUUACUGAAAUUUCCAUUAAAUUUUCAGCUCACUCCCAAAAGUACUGGAAGAUGAUUUCUUCCACCAUUUUAAUUCAACAACCUACAAACUUGUUCCACCAGCCAGAGUUUCACCAUCAGUUGUGGAGAGGUCUGCACCAUGGAUUGCAAAAACAACCCAUUUUUGUAUGUCAUAAUAGCAACAAGAGAAUUAGACCUUUGAGAGUUUGUGCAAGUGCUAAUGGUGCUGCUACUUCUUCUUCUUCCACUUUGGAGGGCUAUGAUUCUUCUCCAACUCCUUCUGCAUUUCCUCUUUUUACACCCCCUACUGAGCUCCAAAAUACUCCUGCUUCUCAGUUGGAACUGGCAGAUCCUGAUUUCUACAAGAUAGGAUAUGUUAGAAGUUUCCGAGCCUACGGAAUUGAAUUCAGGGAGGGACCAGAUGGGUAUGGAGUAUUUGCUUCCAAAGACGUGGAGCCUCUCCGUCGAGCUAGGGUAAUAAUGGAGAUUCCUCUAGAACUGAUGUUAACCAUAAGCAAAAAGCUUCCUUGGAUGUUUUUUCCAGAUAUCAUACCUAUAGGACAUCCAAUAUUCGACAUUAUCAAUUCAACUAAUCCUGAGACAGAUUCGGACUUGCGGUUGGCAUGCCUUCUUUUAUAUGCUUUUGAUUGCAAGGACAACUUUUGGCAGCUUUACGGAGACUUCUUGCCUAGUGCUGAUGAAUGUACUAGCUUUCUUCUAGCUACUGAGGAGGAUCUUUUGGAGUUGCAAGACGAGAAGCUUGCUUCAACCAUGAGAGAACAACAACAUCGGGCACUUGAGUUUUGGGAGAAAAACUGGCAUUCUGCAGUACCUCUCAAAAUUAAACGUCUUGCUCGGGAUCCUGAGAGAUUUAUUUGGGCAAUGAGUAUGGCACAAUCUCGAUGCAUCAACUUGCAAACCAGAAUUGGUGCGCUGGUUCAAGAUGCAAAUAUGUUGGUACCUUAUGCUGACAUGAUGAAUCAUUCUUUUCAGCCAAAUUGUUUUUUCCAUUGGCGCUUCAAGGACCGGAUGCUGGAGGUGAUGAUAAAUGCAGGACAAAGAAUUAGAAAAGGAGAUGAGAUGACUGUUGAUUACAUGGCUGGACAGAAGAAUGACUUUUUUAUGCAGAGAUAUGGUUUCUCAUCACCUGUGAAUCCUUGGGAUGUCAUUCAUUUCACAGGAGAUGCCAAAAUUCAUCUAGACACCUUCUUAUCGGUCUUUAACAUAUCUGGCCUCCCUGGAGAAUAUUACCACAACACAGGUAGGUUAUCGAAUGAUGGGGAUGGGUUCGUCGAUGGAGCAAUCUUAGCAGCAGCAAGAACGUUGCCUACUUGGUCAGAUGGAGAUCUCCCUCCAAUUCCAAGUUUAGAGCGGAAAGCAGUGAAGGAACUGCAAGAAGAAUGCCACCAAAUGCUUGCAGAAUUUCCCACAACCUCUGACGAAGACCAGAAAAUCCUAGAUUCGAUGCCUGAAUGCAGGAGAACACUUGAAGCAGCAAUAAAGUAUAGAUUGCAUAGGAAAUUACUGAUAGAGAAGGUUAUACAGGCAUUGGACAUUUACCAAGACCGGAUUUUAUUUUAGACACAGUUAGCAGCAAGAUAUGAAGUAAUCUUUGCCAGAAAACAUGUAGCCCGGGAGACGAUGUUUAAAGAAUAUGCUCCAAUUGCAGCUAUCUUGAAAGCUUAAUCUAUCACAAUUGCUUUUGCAGCUCAUUGUUGAGAACAUUUUGAGGGAUUGUAUUGGGGGUUUAGAAAGUAGCUAGUAAGGGUGUAUAGGUGGAAAAUGCCUUGCACCACCAGUUUUGGAAAGAUAGGAAGUUGAAGAAAAAUGAAAGGUAUUCUGUAGAAACCAUGAUGAAAAUGAAUGAUAGCUACUGAAUAAAUUUGAUGUGUUUGAUAACAAGAUUCUUGCAUUUUCAUUUUAUUGAGGAAAAAAGACUUAAGCUGCUAAGCUUUUCCCUGAUGAAAGAUGAUAAAAGUGGAGUAAGAGCAGGCCAAAAAGGCUGAAAUAAAAAGAAAGGUCUUGCUACUUGGUUACAUUGGUACUUGGGAGAAAACUUACACUCAGUUAGCAGGAGUUCUCUUUUGCAAGCAAUAUCUGAGUUUUCUUUAUGCAA